GUGUGAGGGAGGGAGGGAGGGGCGUUGUCAUCGAGAUGUCCUUGGUCUCCAGCUCCGGGUAAAGAGUGUGUGGAUCAGAGCGAGAGCAUCCGACACUAACAGCAGUCGCUGCACUCCUCCAGGAUCAGUGGAUUAUUUCUAGAAGCUGAAAGAUCAAUUCUAGUGAAAAAUGGGCGUGUCCAAGGUUCUGCUCGGCCUCGCCCACCUCUCGAGUCUAUUGGCCGCCGCUGUGAUGAGUCAUGAGGGGGCGUGUCUGCGGGACGGGAGACUCAAAGCCACACCCAGCCCAGAGCCUCAUCUCCAGCAGUGUUCGCUCUACAGGGAGAACUCGUGUUGUUCAGAGAAGGAUGUCCAGGAUCUGUCCGGCGUGGAUGACUCUCACUGGGAUAAGUGUGGUGUCCUCAGCCCUCUCUGUGAGUCCUUCCUGAAGCGCAUCGUCUGUUUUUACCGCUGUUCUCCUGAUGCUGCUCGCUGGCCACACCCACAUCAUGACUCCUCCCUGAAGGCGGUGCCUCUGUGUCACAGUUUCUGCAGAGAUUGGUACGAGGCGUGUAAAACGGACAUGACAUGUGCUCGGGACUGGACCACUGACCCACGCGGACAGAACUGCAGCGGCGGAUGUGUGUCCUACCUACAGAUGUACCAACACGGCCGAGACCUGUGCGAGAGUCUUUGGGGAGACGCUUUCAUGACGGUGGAAGACGACCCCGGGGAGGAAGACGGUGUUGAAGGCCAUAGCUGCGGCUGUCUGACCCUCAGCCGGUCUGAUCGAGAGGUGAUCGCCGCUCUGAGGGUCCAGGAAGGAGACGCUGAAGAACUGGACACCACCAAGAGUGGGCUGCCUCAGUACAGAGCCCCCUGCCCCCCAGCAGCGCCCCAGACACCGGCCCGGAGGAACAACGCCGUGCUGCACAAGCGCUCCGUGCUCACCGGAGACAUGGAGGGCAGCGGGAGCGGCUUCUAGGAGACAUGAGUACUUUAUCAGUUCAGUUUACAGUAAACUAAUGCAGUGAGUUUUCUACAGUAUUAACACAGUCAACAAAACACACAACAAAACAGCUACUUCUGUAACAUCAAAUUCUGCUUAUUUUAACCUGUUUAGGGUAACAUCAACAGCUGGAUUUAGGUCUGAAGAACACUUUACAAUAAGAUUCUUAACAUUAGUUAACUACACUAAUAAACAUGAACAAACGAUAAACAGUAUUUCUACAGCAUUCGUUCAUGUAAUGUUCAUUUAUACAUUGGUUUCGAAAGCAGAAGUAGCUGUUAACAUUAUUGCACUGUGAAAUGACAUAACUAUUAACAUUAACAAAGACGAAUAAAUGCUGUAAUAAAAAUAGUGUGUGUUAGUGCAUGCUAAAGAAGUGUGGUAGGCUAACAUGUACUGCACUGGAUCAAAUGAAAAAGGUGAAGGAACGAAGAAAUGGUUAGUAACAAGUGCAAAGAAAUUAAGCAACAAGAUAAAUUAAACGUGAACUUUUAUCAUGUUAUUUUUAAUAGGAAUCCAAGAUCAAGAAAGUCUAGUGAAGGCGAACGAUUGCUCCAUACAAAUUUAGCACCUAGUUCACUUUGUUCCUGCGCUUUUUUUGUUGCCAAGUCUGUGGUUUUCCAGCUAUUUUUUCCCCCAUUGUUCGGUCAGUUUAGUCCUGAUUGGAGUUAUAAGUAGUAAUCGGGCUGGUUUUGUUACGCAGACCUGGCAACCCUGGCAAGACCAAUAGACAGAUUCUCGCUUUGAAGAUGAUGACUCUGCAUUCACACACUGGUUCACCAGUAAUGGAUAAUAUUUGUUUUUUAGUGUAACAAUAUUUGCCUCGUGUUCAACUAUCUUAAUGUAUUGAAUAAAACCAACCAGGAUUAUUGUAAAGUGUUACCUAAUUGCGUCACAUUUCUUCAGUAAAAUGGGUUUCAACCAUUUAUUCAGUGUAAUUGCUCACUACAUGAAAGCACAUCAUAACAUUAUUAUGUUAUGACUCGCUUUAAACUGAAAUGUUGCUGUUGUCAAUUGUUUCUAUAACUGUGAUAUUUCGUGAUAAUCUGCUCUACUAUCUCAUAAUCUGUAAUGUCACAAUUAUCUAUUACACC